CAGCGCUCACUCACCUUGUGGAUCUGUUCCUUCUAAAAGUAGGAAACUUUGGCUGCUUGCCAGUGGAGAAUGUGGACUUUGAAUAUUUGCAGUUUAAACUGGCGGGUGAAAAUGUCUUGCAGAGAAAGGUCACCUUCUCACAUGUGCUGACGUUUCUUGAAUAACAACCGUCAAGGGGUUUCUGCUUUAGGUUCGCAUUGAGGCUUGCUGAGAGGCUGCGAGAAGGAUAUUUUCUAAGAGAAAAAUAAGUCUCGAGAUCUGAAUUCAUUUGAAUUGGCAGAAGAUCCACAGUUAAUUCAAAACAAACUCUGGAGACAGAAUUAAAAUACAAGUAAAGACAUGGCUCACCAGAUCACAUCACCAGAGUUGUCCCCACCUGAGAAAACUACCACUGUUGAUUUUCCCAUUGCAUAUGUUGAUCAAAACUAUACUCACACUUCUGUGCUUCCCAAAGGAAGGAGCUUGAGUGAUAUGACUGUGAAAGAUGGCUGUGACUUCGCAUUGAGUCAAAAGGAGUCUCUGUCUUCUCAAGAGUUGAGGCCCAAACCGGAAACUGUACAGAGACGAUAUUUGAAAGUUAUUAAACAUACACCAAGUAUCAUUUGCUUCUCCAAAAAUUGUUUUAUGCUCCUGAACAACAAUGAUACUGAUGAGGAGCUUUAUGUUGUUGAGACACAGCCAGGUUUGACUGCAGAAGCGUUUCAGAUAAAGCAAAAGGAUCUAAGCAACAUACACAUCAAGGACAACCCAAUGAUCGUGAGAGACAUUUUGGGUGGGAAUGUUUCAGAAGUUCUUGGACAGCAACAUAACUUGGAAAACAGAAUUUCAAGGUCACAGAGCUGCCCUGACAACUUCAAGGACCAAAGGCGUGACAAUGAGGAUAAUAAUAAUGCUAGCCUGAUGCUGCCAUGGAUGACAGAUAGAUUUUUAUCUGAGCUGAAGGCUAAGGAAGUGUGUGAUUGGCUGCGGGCAGCAGGAUUUCCUCAGUAUGCACAGCUCUAUGAAGAUUCUCAGUUUCCUAUCGACAUCGAGGCUGUCAAGAAGGAUCAUGAUUUUCUCGACAACGAUUCUGUGAAAUCCCUGUGCAGGCGGCUGAUGACCCUAAACAAAUAUGCUUCUAUAAAGCUUGAUGUCAACAUCAACAGGAAGUCGGGUGAUGAUUCUGAAGAAGAUGAUCUCUGCGCAAUCAGUGAUCGCUGGGCAUUUCAGCAAGAUAGCAAAAGAUGGUCUCGGUUGACAACUGUUGACUUCCUGUCAAACCGUGCUGAGAUACUGAGCUCGACAAUGAAGGAGUCAGCCAGUCGGGAGAGUAUGCUCUCUGACCUUAGUGAUCCUGAGGCUUGUUCUGAACAUUGCAGCAACGGCAGUGCUGGGAGCAUCCAAGAGGAGUUGUUAUGUCAUUAUUCAGGCAGUCAGCUGGAACCAAAGGAAAGUCCAGGGAGUGUCGUGAUUGUUCAUUCUCAAGCAGCACAAAAGAAUAAUGAUUGCUCAAAUGACAACUUUGUUUCCACUGGAACACAAACUACUCUAGACUUCUUGGAGAACCCCAGAAAACACAGGACUAAGAGCUUUCUGAGACGAAUUGAAUCUCUUCGAUUUAGAACUCUUCGGGGUAAAGGCAAAACCCUUUCAAAGAGCAAAGAACGAAGAAGUGUCAGGACAGUAUCACAACAGCAACAUGAACCUUUACAGAGCACCAGUCCUUUGAAAACACUGAAUAAGACCCCAAAGGGCUUAAUAGAGGAUGUAUCUCAAUCUAAUUUUGCAUCUCUUGUUGACUCUGGACACAGAAAACACACUAAGGCUUUCAACUCUCGAAGCAGCCACAGCAUAAUGCACAGUGGACUAUUCUUGGAGAACUGUGAAACUGGGCUUAUGGCCUCCAACCAUAACAGAAAAGAUGAGCUUUAUUCUCAUGAAGACUAUGUUGUCCGUAUCCCGGCAAACCACAAAGUAGGGACCUUCCCCAAAGCCCUUUCCAUAGAAAGCCUGUGUCCAGGUGCAGGUGAUCAUUUAGUGAACUGGAAAUCAGAAAAUCUGUCCUUUGGAAUGUCUGCAUGCAGUAGCAUCAGCAACUUACAAGGACUCGUGCUUCAGGGACGAACGGGUUCAUGUAGCUCCAUUGGGAGCAAGCAGAGUAUUUAUGAUAAUGUGCCUGAGUCUCAUCCAUACAAUGAUGCAGCUGGGCGUGAGGACCUCUUCAAACAAUUAGAUGAUGUUUUGAAGCAUGUCAAUGGGUUACAGGAGUCUGUGGGCCUCUGGUCAAAAACUAUAUGCACAGAAUUCAAUGGCACAGAAUUUAAUGGCACAGAAUUUAAUGACACAGAAUCUGACUCUACUGGUGAGACAGUUUUUCCGUUGCAAGGUCUGAAUUUUGAAGACCGCUCUAUGUCUGACGUGGGGACCUCUGCAAGUGAUUUUGACAGCACUGGGAAUUCUGUAAUUGAAACUGAAGAGAUAGAGAUCAGGGAGCGGAGAGAUUCUGGAGUAGGGGCUUCAUUAACCCGACCAAACAGGAAGCUCCGCUGGCACAGUUUCCAGAACUCCCACCGUCCAAGCCUGAAUUCUGCUUCGUUGGAAAUCAACAGACAAUCGGCAGCUCAGCUUAACCUUCUGCAACGUUUCUCUUUACUGCGCCUGACUGCCAUCAUGGAAAGAUAUGCUGUCCGUAACAAGCAGGGCUGGAACUGGGGUGUUCCCAAGUUCAUGAAAAGGAGCAAGGAACCAGAUUACAGAAGCAAAUAUGUGUUUGGUGUUCCACCAAUUGUAAAUGUGAAGAGGUCAGGUCAACCAAUCCCUCAAAGCAUCCAGCAAGCCAUGCGCUACCUACGCAGCCAGUGUAUGGGCCAGGUUGGCAUCUUCAGGAAGUCAGGGGUAAAAUCUCGAAUCCAGGCUCUGAGGCAAAUGAAUGAAAGCAGCCCUGACAAUGUUAAUUACCAUGGUCAGUCAGCAUUUGACGUAGCAGACAUGUUAAAGCAAUAUUUCCGGGACCUCCCAGAGCCCAUCUUCACCAACAAACUAACAGAAACAUUUCUGCAGAUCUAUCAAUAUGUGCCAAAGGACCAACGCCUCCAAGCCCUUCAGGCUGCAAUUGUGCUGUUGCCAGAUGAGAACCGUGAGGUACUUCAGUCGCUAUUGUACUUCUUGAGUGACAUUGCAUCAGUGCAAGAGAACCAAAUGACUGCUGGAAAUCUGGCUGUCUGCCUUGCUCCAUCACUGUUCCAUCUAAAUGUGCCAAAAAAAGAAGCUUCCUCACCAAGGGUGAUUCGAAAAAGGGGUGUACUGAACAAACCUGAUCAGAGGGACCUCAAUGAAAAUCUGGCAGCAACUGAGGGACUGGGUCAUAUGAUUGCAGAGUGCAAGAAACUAUUCCAGAUCCCACAUGAUAUAAUGGUGCAGUCCCGAAACUCCUACAUUGCAGUUGAUGCACAUCCUCUGCCCAUGGAAGGAUUCAGAGGACACCAUGAAGGCAGGGAUAAGGACUAUAUGAUCUGCAUGGAAGACAUUAUCCAGGACUUAUUAAGGGAGGCUGGAGAAAAAUUCAAAGGCUGGACCAACAUCCAAGGACCUGUGAACACAGAACUUUCUUACAAGAAGGUUGGUGAUGGACAUCCCCUUCGUUUAUGGAAAGUGACAACCGAGAUAGAAGCAACUCCUAAUUCUGUAUUAAACCGUCUGCUAAGAGAACGCCACCUUUGGGAUGAUGAUGUCCUGGUCGUAAAUGUUGUGGAACAAUUGGAUAAAAAUAUGGAGAUCUGCCAUUAUGUUGUGGACAGCAUGGCACCACAUCCCAGGCGAGACUUUGUUGUUCUGAGGGCAUGGCGGACUGACUUACUGAAGGAAGCAUGCAUUCUGGUAGCAGUUGCUGUUGAGCAUGAUGCAGUGCACCUAGAAGGUGGUGUGAGAGCAGUAGUCCUGAACUCACAGUACCUGGUUGAGGCUUGCGGCUCAGGCCGGUCUAGACUCACGUACAUCUCCAGGACGGACCUGAGGGGUCGGACUCCAGAAUGGUACAACAAGGUCUCUGGGUACCUCUGUGCAGUAGAAGUUGCUAGAAUACGGGAUUCUUUUCUGGCACAAAAUCCACGGGGUCUACAUCUGAAAUGAGUUGACACUGCAAGCAAGAGAAAGAUGUAUUUAAUGAAUAUUCCCUCUUCACAACUGGCAUUAAAUGGUCAAUCUUCUAUCUACCCUAACCAGAUGAGAUGCAUCACAAGAAAUCUUCAGCCUGCUCAGUGUUUAUUUACAAUAUACGAGUUUUUCUGUCAUCCCUUUAUAAUAUCCAACUAUUUGCUUCAUGUGUCCAAUAUCCUGGCUACAACCAUACUUUGUGCAAAGAUAUCAUUCCUGACAUUACUCAAAGUAAGUAAUUGUUAUUUGAUCAUUUAUAUUGAUAGAUUUUUAGCAUCAACGUAGUAAUGAGUCGGUGAGAUGCAUUAAAAAAGACAUUGUUCCUCUGUCCGGUGUCUUGGUUUUAAUCUUUUGCCUAUUUGUAUGGUUUUAAUCCAUUAACUGCUGUGGCAUUCUUGCACCCCUACAUCUGGGGUAAAGGACGGUCUCAUUUCAAUUCGUGCUCAAAGUUGUUGAAAGUUUACUGAUUUGGGCUGGUUCAAUGACUGUAAAUCUGUUCACAAUGAUAUUCUCGACCAACACAUUCAGUUAGCAGAAAAGAUAAAUGCAAGGAAAUGUCUUGGAAUUUGGAGUGGAGACCCUUAAACAAUGGAAUAAGGAAAUGAGAGGUGUAUGAUUGUUAACUUUGAGAGAAGUGUUUAGUGUGUAUGGGGAAGUGCUGGGGAUGUUGACAGGAGGGUGUGUGAAUUGGUUGCUGAGCUGAAGUAGAAUGGUGUUUUUGGGAACUUAUUUGGGUUUGCUGCUGACUAUUUUUAUAACCUCAUGCUCACACUUGAUCUUGUAUAUUUCUGUAGUGUACUACAUUGAAUUGCUGCACAAAUAAGACAGUUAACAAGAUGCAGUGCACUGUGUACCUGUACUGUGUAAAUACCUAGCAUUUACAUAGACUACUUCUUGUCUUAGUUAUAUAAAAGAUUGGAGCUGGAAGUAGGAGGAAGACUGUCUCAUUGACAAUCCAGAUAAAUCCAGUUUGUUCCCUUUCCACUUGGCCGUGGGAAGAUGCUGCAAGGGAGUACAGGACUAAGUUUUAACUAUAGCGAUCAUGAUGCAACCUGCAGGAAUAUUCCGACCAGAGUUGGUAACUCUAGAUGUGCUCCAUUCUUUUGCAGCGAUAGAAUAAUGAUGUCAAAUGAUGCACUGGAAGCCUUUCAUAAAAGGGCAUUGAUGGAACUUAUGUGUGAUUUCCCUCAAUAUUUAUUUCUCUGCUUUGAAUUUAUUUUAAUUAUUCAAAUUUUAUUUUGUUUUAACUAGUCUGGAUAGGCCAUUCCAUUCUAGGUCUAUAAAGAGAUGAAGUUUCUAGCGUCCCAUACUACUAGGUUUAACACCCUCCGUUCCAAUUUAUUAUUUUCCAUGAUAUAAUCCUUGUAAUAUGGCAGCUUUUGUAUUAAUUUUGUUUGAGGACUUUUAGCACCAUGCAAGGGAAGAGCUUGAUACAUCCUAGUUGGUUGGAUGUCUAACCCAGUGGUUAUGACAGCAUAUGAACAUUACUGGUUAUUUUUAAUCCAGGCUAUUCUGGUAAUAAUCCUCCAUUUCCAUUUACUAAAAAUACAAUUUGAUUAAUAGAUAUAAAAACCAUAAAACAUUUUUAAAAUGCAGGUUAGAACAAACAAUCCUUUCAACUACAAAUAAGUCAACGUGUUUAAUUUAUAUUGUCUGGUGUAUGUUAGAAUAUUUGUCACUAUUUUCUUUUGCAUCAAUUUGAUGCUAUUUUUAGUCAAGGUAGAUACAUGCAUUGCAUUGUCAUUACCUGGUGCUUUGAUUUCAGACUAAUUGCUGCUGGUCACUGUGCAGUAUUAGAGGUAAACUGGCAUUUGUAUUAGCACGAUGUUGAUGUAUAGAUUUUGUUGCUCUAUAGGUCUGUUGUUAGUAGUUGCCUUUCUCUGAGGUCCAACACACUCGCUUCACCUUGGCAACACCAAUGAGCCUGAUUGAAACUGAAGAAAUGUCCAAUUUAUGGCAAAGUGGAAUGAUAGUUUGGCUGGAAUGCCAACAGUUAACAUUGACUGCUAAUUGUUACAUUCUAUUCAGUCACUUUUUUUCUGUGUCAUAGUAAACCUUUUAAAUCAUUUUAGCUUUGGUAUCCAUGAUUCAUGCCUCUGCAUUGUGUAGCUCUUUCUUUUGACCUUGAGGAGCCUUAUUGAAGGAGCAUUAGAAAUUUGUGAACCAUACCAUAGCGAGUAGAUGAUGCUUCUUAAGCUGAACAGUCAUGUCUUCAAUCAGUAAAUCCAAUUUAGUGGAUCAUUACAAUGCCAACUUUUUAGAGAUUAGAAGAAAUUGUUUUAUUCUAGAGUUUGAGUGGACUCUUGCUUGAACUUUACUGAACUAUUGGUGAAACAGUUUCAUGUUUCAAUUGUUAAACCAGAAAGUAAAAUUAAACUUCUUCAGAAAUCUUCACUUUUCAAUUGCGACAUUUCACAUUUUAUCUUUACAUUUCUUCCACGAACCACUUAUUACGAAAUUUUUACUUAAUCACAAGAAUAAAGUUGGUGCCAGUUAUAAGAUUUUGAUCACUAUCUAAAGGUUCUUUGCAGGUGUUUUUUUUUUAAACACUUGAUAAUAGUUGACUUCAAGUCCUAGGGUAAAAGAGAUAUGACAAGUGCUUGAGUUACGUUGUGACUGAAAACUGAAUGAUGAGCCUUUUCUAGCAAUUCUUAGCUGGAUCACAAGAUUGAGACAAUUUAUGAGCCAGAAAAUGACAACACACCUCAAGAUCAACAAAGCUGAUCUUUUGAGUAUGGUAGAGAUAAAUUAAUCUGGGUUGGAAGGGAGGUGUUGCUCUCGACUUUAAAAGAUGGAAUGUGCUAGGAGGCUGGAAGAGGAAGGAUAUGGGAAAGGAAACAAAUAAAACAAUAAGCUGUGAUGUGAGUAUAAAUGAUCUGCAACCCAGAUGUAUUACAGCAACCAACUGCAAAAACUAUUUAUCUUCAUGAAUAGAAGUGUAGCAUAGAAAAUUCACUGGUGAGCCUCAUAAUAGGAUCUGGAUUGAGUCUCAAAGUAUGUACCUUCAUCUUUUAAUCAAAUAUUAAGUAUUGUAAAAAUGACUUGCAAACUGAUAGAAUCAUUGAUAUGUCAAACCAAGAAAUGCAGCAAUCAAAGAUAUGAUGUAUAAAUGGUUAAAUAUUCUGGAGUUCUGACUGAUUCACUUUUGGGAAUCGAUGUAUAAAUACUGCAGAUGCUGGAAAUCUGAAACAAACAGAAUGCUGGAGAAACUUGGUGGGUCUGGCAGCAUACCAAAAUCAUACCAAACUUGAAACGUUAACUGUUUCUCUCUCCACAGAUGCAGCCAAACCUGCUGAGUUUCUCUAGCAUUCCCUGUGUUUGUUUAAUAUUUAUACAGAUCUUUUCAUCAGAGAUGGAAUGACUAGGCUAGAUAGGCCAUAACAAAAUAUUAAAAGUUUGCAGAAGCUUCAAAUAGGAUGGCAGAAUGAACUUUUUUCGAAUUUCUGGUUUCUUGUAUUCCAAACUCCUUUCUCUGACCUCUGAAGUUACCCAUUGUUCUUGGUAAGGUGAAGAAAAAACCCAAAAGGCAUUAUGUGUGGGGAUGUCAGGGAGAAUGCUGUUUAACCAACAUUAUUGGGCUGAUUAUACAGGGUUGUGCUUUAGGCAAAUAGCCUAAUCCAUCAGGAGAGUAUUUUGGAAAUCAGAAGUGUGUUUUAUAUAAUUUUCCAUUCAUCAUGAUCAAUGGUUGGAGAAAUGUGGAGAGCAACCCUCAAUUUAUUUAGUUCCAUCUUUGUUUAUAUCAAGGCAUUGUAUUCUUAUGUUGAGAGAAGAGAGACAUGAAGAAUGCAUAUGCGCAACACAAGUUCUUGUGUGUUAAUAGAUGUUACCUGUGCCCAGUGGAUUAUUGUGAUGCAGAGGGAAUGUGUGUGAUUGAGUAUUCAUGGAUUGGAAGACCUUGAGAGAUACAUAAUGGCACAGAUUCUAUUUAAUAUUGAAUAUUUUUGAUCUCAGGUAUUUAACUUGUUAUGAGUUUUUGUUGCCAAUUGUAUAUAUUGAAUUUCUAUAAAAUCUAUCCAAUGUGAAGCAUUUGUAUGGACUUUUUAAAACAAAAAUUAUG